GAGCAGAAUGCAAAGAUGGCGGCCAUGCCACACAUCCCAGGUCCAGACAGCCUGCGCCCUUUCACCCGUGAGUCUCUUAAGGCUAUAGAGAAACGGAUUGCUGAAAGGGAAGCCAAGAAGUUGAAGAACCAACAUGAGGAGGUUCUUGAGGAAGAAAAGGAGCUGAAGCCCCGUGGUGACUUGGAACAAGGAAAAAGCCUCCCACUCAUUUAUGGGGACCCUCCUCCACAGCUCAUUGGAGUGCCUCUGGAAGACUUGGAUACGUUUUACAGUGAUCAGAAAACAUACAUCGUCCUCAACAAAGGAAAAACCAUAUUCCGGUUCAGUGCCACUCCUGCUCUCUAUAUGUUGGAUCCAUUCCACCCUAUCCGGAAUGGUGCCAUCAAAGUGCUUAUACAUUCAUUAUUCAGCAUGUUUAUCAUGAUAACCAUCUUAACCAACUGUUUCUUCAUGACUAUGAGUGACCCACCACCAUGGGCCAAGCAUGUGGAAUAUACUUUUACUGGCAUUUAUACCUUUGAGGCUAUGAUCAAGAUACUCGCUCGGGGAUUCUGCAUUGACAGCUUUACAUUCCUGCGAGAUCCUUGGAAUUGGCUGGAUUUCAGUGUCAUCGUCAUGGCUUAUGUCACAGAGUUUGUAGAUUUGGGUAAUGUCUCUGCUCUACGGACAUUCCGUGUUCUUCGAGCGCUUAAAACUAUUACAGUCAUUCCAGGUCUGAAAACAAUUGUGGGAGCUUUGAUCCAGUCUGUGAAGAAGCUCUCUGAUGUCAUGAUCCUCACUGUGUUCUGUUUGGCGGUCUUUGCCCUCAUUGGCCUGCAGCUGUUCAUGGGGAACCUGCGGCACAAGUGUGUUCGAUGGCCACCCUUCACCAAUGACACCCUGCAGGAUGCCUUAGGGAUGGAUCCAUUUGACAAUAGCACUCUGAAUGACAACUUUACUCUCAGUGGCAAUGGUACCUUUGACUGGGAUGAAUACAUUGACAAUGAAGCCAAUUUCUAUUUCCUUGAUGGUGCACUUGAUGCUUUGCUCUGUGGGAACAGCUCUGAUGCUGGACAAUGUCCUGAAGGAUUUCUCUGCAUGAAAGCUGGCCGAAACCCAAAUUAUGGCUAUACAAGCUAUGACACUUUCAGCUGGGCAUUCCUUUCACUCUUCCGCCUCAUGACCCAGGACUAUUGGGAGAAUCUCUUCCAGUUGACCCUGCGAGCAGCUGGGAAAACAUACAUGAUUUUUUUUGUUGUGAUCAUAUUCUUGGGCUCUUUCUAUCUCAUAAAUUUAAUCCUGGCUGUGGUGGCGAUGGCCUAUGCAGAGCAGAAUGAUGCCACCUUACUGGAGGAGCAAGAAAAAGAAGCAGAGUUCCAGAAGAUGCUGGAACAACUGAAAAAGCAUCAGAAAGAGCAACAAAGACUGCUUCAGGAACAGGCAGCAAAUAACAGCUCUGCAGAAAGCAUCAUAGUGGAAAAAAAGAAAAAAGCAGAAUCAGAUCAAAAGGCUCAGAGUGAUCAAGAGGGACCAAAAGACUGCAAUGGUCAGGUCAUCCCACGUUUGGUGUUGGAGCGAUCAGCUACAAUAGAUGAGUCAGACCCAGUGAGAGAACAUGAGAAAUCUGAUCAAAACCACUUGUGUGUAGAUGGCAGUGAGGGAAAGGGCCUGGAGAAGCGAGCAGAGAGUGCACUCAGCGUGGUCUCCAAUACUCUGGAAGAACUGGAAGAGGCACACCAGAAGUGCCCACCAUGGUGGUAUAAGUUUGCCCACACGGUGUUAAUAUGGAACUGCUGCCCACCCUGGGUGAAGCUGAAGCGGUUUGUUAAGUUAAUCGUCAUGGACCCUUUUGUUGAUCUGGGAAUCACCAUCUGCAUUGUCCUCAAUACUGUCUUCAUGGCCAUGGAACACUACCCAAUGACGGAAGAGUUCAGCAGAGUGUUGAAUGUGGGCAACCUGGUAUUCACAGGGAUAUUCACAGCUGAGAUGGUGCUUAAAUUGAUUGCUCUGGACCCUUAUGAGUACUUCCAGCAGGGAUGGAACAUCUUUGACAGCAUUAUUGUCACUCUCAGCUUAGUUGAGCUUGGUCUUGCCAACGUCCAAGGUCUGUCUGUGCUACGUUCCUUCCGUCUGAUGAGAGUUUUCAAGCUUGCCAAAUCUUGGCCAACCCUCAACAUGCUAAUCAAGAUCAUUGGCAACUCAGUAGGUGCCUUGGGAAACCUCACAUUAGUGCUGGCCAUCAUAGUUUUCAUCUUUGCUGUGGUGGGCAUGCAGUUAUUUGGGAAGAGCUACAAGGAGUAUGUCUGUAAAAUUUCCAGUGACUGUGAGCUGCCACGCUGGCACAUGCAUGACUUCUUUCACGCCUUUCUCAUUAUCUUCCGCAUCCUCUGUGGAGAAUGGAUUGAGACAAUGUGGGAUUGCAUGGAAGUGGCUGGACAGGCCAUGUGCUUCAUUGUCUUUCUGAUGGUCAUGGUCAUCGGGAACCUAGUGGUACUCAACCUGUUUUUAGCUUUGCUGCUUAGCUCCUUCAGUGCUGACAGCCUGGCAGCAUCCGAUGACGAUAGCGAGAUGAACAAUUUGCAAAUUGCAAUUGGCAGAAUCACCCGAGGGAUUGAUUUUGUAAAGAAACAUGUCCUCCUGCUAUUUCACAGGGAACUGAAAGAGAAAACAGAGCUACCAUCUGAGGAACCAGAUGACAGUAAAAAGAACUUUGUUCUCAACCACAUGGACACUCUUAACCAUGUGGACACAGGCCAGGAUUUCAAAUUGGAAUACAUGGAUGGAAUAGUAAAAAAAGAGCAGCUCAUUGAUGAACUGGACCAAAUGAACUUCAUUAAUAAUCCCAACCUGACCAUACAUGUGCCUAUAGCAUCUGAGGAGUCUGACCUUUAUGAUGAAACUGAUACAGGUGAAGAGACGGCUGAUGACACCCAGGUGAGUUCUAAGCCACUGUCAGAUGGAACAGAUUCAUCCAUAUGCAGCACUGUGGAUUACAAGCCUCCGGAUCCUUUGGAGGAGAAAGCAGAAGCUGACGAGAACAUGGAGAACAGUGAGCCAGAGGAAUGCUUCACUGAAGCCUGUGUCCAAAGGUGUCCUUGUCUGUACGUUGACAUCAAAACGGAAAAGGGAGCGAAGUGGUGGAAUCUUCGGAAAAUAUCUUUCAAAAUUGUGGAGCACAACUGGUUUGAGACCUUCAUUAUAUUCAUGAUUCUCCUCAGCAGCGGAGCCCUGGCUUUUGAAGACAUCUACAUAGAACGCAGGCAUACAAUUCGUACCAUCUUGGAGUUUGCUGAUAAGGUCUUCUCAUAUGUUUUCGUUCUUGAGAUGCUGCUCAAAUGGGUAGCCUAUGGGUUCAAGGUCUACUUCACCAAUGCUUGGUGCUGGCUGGACUUCCUCAUUGUUGAUGUCUCCCUCAUUAGUCUAACAGCAAACUGGCUCGGCUAUUCGGAGCUGGGAGCUAUCAAAUCCCUGAGGACACUCCGAGCACUGAGACCUCUUAGGGCCUUGUCCAGGUUUGAAGGCAUGAGGGUGGUUGUAAAUGCUCUUUUGGGGGCCAUCCCGUCCAUCAUGAAUGUCCUCUUGGUAUGCCUGAUCUUCUGGCUCAUCUUCAGCAUUAUGGGGGUCAACCUCUUUGCAGGGAAGUACUAUCGCUGUGUCAAUACCACCACAGGUGACCUCUUUGAAAUCCAACACGUAAACAACAAAAGUGACUGCAUAAACCUUAUCAACGUUGAAAAUGCCACUGAUGUCCGUUGGGUCAAUGUCAAGGUCAAUUUUGACAACGUGGGCUUAGGUUAUCUCUCCCUUUUGCAAGUGGCCACUUUCAAGGGCUGGAUGGACAUCAUGUAUGCAGCUGUUGACUCCCGUGAGGAGGAGGAACAACCUCAGUAUGAAGUGAAUAUGUACAUGUAUAUUUAUUUUGUCAUCUUUAUCAUCUUUGGGGCUUUCUUCACUCUCAAUCUCUUUAUUGGUGUAAUCAUUGACAAUUUCAACCAGCAAAAGAAAAAGUUUGGAGGCAAAGAUAUCUUCAUGACAGAGGAACAAAAGAAAUACUACAAUGCCAUGAAGAAACUGGGCUCAAAAAAACCAGUGAAGCCUAUCCCAAGGCCCCAGAACAAAUAUCAAGGGAUGAUCUUUGACCUUGUGACUCAGCAAGCUUUUGAUAUAGUCAUCAUGAUCCUCAUUUGUCUUAACAUGGUAACAAUGAUGGUGGAAACAGAUGACCAAAGCCAAACCAAGAUAAACAUCCUUGCCCAGAUCAACUUGAUCUUCAUUGUCAUCUUCACAUCUGAAUGCUUUCUCAAGAUGAUUGCCCUGCGGUACUACUUUUUCACUAAUGGCUGGAACAUCUUUGACUUGGUUGUGGUCAUUCUCUCCAUUGUAGGACUUGUCCUCUCGGAUAUUAUUGAGAAAUACUUUGUAUCGCCCACUCUCUUCAGAGUCAUCCGUUUGGCCAGAAUUGGGCGUGUUCUUCGGCUGAUCCGGGGAGCAAAAGGCAUCCGAACACUCCUCUUUGCCUUGAUGAUGUCUCUGCCAGCACUUUUCAACAUUGGUCUCCUCCUAUUUCUGGUUAUGUUCAUUUAUUCCAUUUUUGGAAUGUCAAACUUUGCUUACGUAAAGAAGGAAUCUGGCAUUGAUGACAUUUUCAACUUUGAGACUUUUGGCAACAGCAUCAUCUGUCUUUUUCAGAUCACCACAUCAGCUGGUUGGGAUGGCUUAUUGAACCCCAUCUUGAACAGUGGUCCCCCAGAUUGUGAUCCUCAUCUGGAGAACCCUGGCAGCCAUGUGAAGGGUGACUGUGGCAACCCCUCCAUUGGCAUCUGCUUUUUCUGCAGUUACAUCAUUAUCUCUUUCUUGAUUGUGGUUAACAUGUACAUUGCCAUCAUUUUGGAGAAUUUUAACGUAGCCACAGAGGAGAGCAGUGAACCUCUAUGUGAAGACGACUUUGAAAUGUUCUAUGAAAUAUGGGAGAAGUUUGACCCUGAUGCCACACAAUUUAUUGCUUACAGCACACUUUCUGAAUUUGUGGAUACCCUGCAAGAGCCGCUGCGAAUUGCUAAACCCAAUAAAAUCAAACUGGUCACUAUGGACUUGCCCAUGGUUCCUGGGGAUAAAAUACAUUGCUUGGACAUUCUCUUCGCACUGACAAAAGAAGUGUUGGGAGACUCUGGAGAAAUGGAUGCCCUGAAGCAAUCAAUGGAGGAGAAAUUUAUGGCUGCAAAUCCCUCCAAAGUGUCCUAUGAGCCCAUUACCACAACACUAAAAAGAAAGCAUGAGGAAGUCUGUGCCAUCAAAAUCCAAAGAGCAUUCCGUCGGCAUCUAUUAAAGCGGUCAGUGAAACAGGCCUCCUAUCUGUACAGGCACAGUCAAGAUGUGGAUGCACUGAUAGAAGAACCCCCAGAGAAAGAAGGGUUGAUUGCACACAAAAUGAAUGCAAUGUAUGGCUCCCAGGUAGAAAUGGAAAAGUCCCCAGAAGCAGCUCCGUCUCUUGUACUUGAGCCAAUAAGCAGCCCAGAGAUUAAGAAGGAUUCUGGUGAAAUUAAAGAGGAGGACAAUCAUGGCAAGAGGGAAGAUGACUCUGGAAAAACUAAAAAAAGUGAGAAUACCAAACGUGGUGUAAAAGAGUCACUUGUAUAAUGAAGACACAUUUGGCCAACAAAUGUUUGUGUAUGGUUCCAAAUGACCUUUUUCAUAAGGCCCUUCUGCAUCUUCUGUAUUAGUGCGCAAACAAGGUUCUUUUGCCAGAUUUCAGGUACUUAACUCCACAUUUUAGCUCUGGAAGCAGGACCCCAUCAGGUUUCUGGUUUGUUUGUUUUUCAAAUUCACCACAAUGUGCAAAGUGUUUUUUUUCUCUCUCUCAUAAUGUAAAUGUGAAUUAUCUCUACUGCUGGUGAAAAGAAAAGGCAUCUUAGUUUCAUGUCAGUUUAUAUGUAACAGAGAAUGCUCCAGAAUCAGUUCUGAUGAUUCUGGAUCCAGAAUCAUAUAGUAUCAGUUGAGAAUCAACUCUUUAUUAGCAGAAUUUUUCAGCAGUGCUGGAAGAAAAGGGGAAAAGAAGGAAGUCUUUAGUUCACUUUAGUCACAUUCAAGCUUUGAAUGACAACAAAAGAUCACUUUGGAAGAGUUUCACCAGAAUCUCUUAAAAUCCAUGCACUAAAAACGUACCAAGAAUAACUAAAUGUUAAUUGCCUCGAUCAGUUAUGCCAAUUGUCCUACAGCUAUAUGUUUUACUAAUUUAUUCAGCUAAUUAUGGGGCGCUUUCUUAGGGCACAGAAGCCUUACAUUGAACCCCUUGAACAUAUAUGUAUGUACAUGGCUUCUGAAAAUUCAUUUACAUUAUUUGUAUACUUUCAAGCCUUUUUUAGCCUUAAGAACUAGAAAUAUGCUUGCUUUUUCAGUCAAAGCUGAAGUUUCCAGUUUGCUGAAAUUAAUGCCCAUUGCCAAAUUCUGCCCAAAUACAGAAAUUGGAUAUGAUCAUGGGAAACAAAAUAUGCAAAGCCCUGAGCUUAGGACUGGCGCUUCUUAAAUCCAGUUUGGAAUGAUUGGAAAAUAUCUGAUACUGGCCGUUUUCUACUUAUCUUUGUAUGUCUUUCUUCAUGACACCAGCGGUGAACAUUGUAGUCUGUACUGGUUCUCAGACAUGAACAACUGGGUAAGGGUCUCUGACUGACUUUUUAAAAAAUAAUAGUAUUAGUAGACAAACUUUGGGCUUAGGAUUCUUUCCAGCAUGUGGGUUGAAAGUGAAUGGAAUAAUAUUUGAGAUAACAUCACAAUUUAGGAACACAAAGCUGCAAUGUCUUAAACAUGGUUCAGUUUUUUAUUUGAAUGAUUUGAGCAGGCUUUAAAAAGAUUUUUGUUAGAAAUGGCUGAAAAUCCAAUUAA